GUCGACGGCGCGGAGGACAGGGGAUUCCAGCGGCCCAUUUCGUCGAAUAUAUUCGUGUCGUGAUAACACGGCGAGGAGCAGUCUUCGGUGUCACGUAUCAGGGUUCGGAUGGACGGCGGCUGCUGCGACUGCUGACUGAGGAGAACGCGAGCCCGUGAGUCGUCGUGGGGUCGACGGGCCUAUCGGAACCACCGGAGCGUGGAGUUCGCGCCCGACUUCAACCAGAAACGGAGCUCCCAUCUCGGCACGCAGAUGGAGCCGAGUAAGAGGAUGCAGCUGACACUAGCAGCGCUCGCGCUCCUAGCCCCGGCGGCCUGGGGUCUGGAUGCCUGGGUCAAGUUCAACCCGUUUCCAAAAAGCUUCGAGGUGAAGCUGGGACGCCCCAACUCUAACGACUUUGUUGCAGCUUGGGGUUCGUUCCACAACGCCAUCAACGAAACCGGGUUCAGUUUUCUGGACAUCUAUACCAACAUGGAGCUGCCGGAUGAGUACCAGGCGUAUGCAGCUGGAUUCUUGGAGGGUUACCUCACGCGAGACCUCAUUCGCAUGCACUUCAACAACAUGUGGGCCGACUACUGCGACAACGAGAAGCCCUACUGCAAGAGGCUAUAUAGCUUCCUCCACGAUAACUUGGAGUGGAUGUAUAAAAACGUGGCUAAGUACAGCAUGGACAGCGCGUACUGGCAUCAGGUACAUCUGGUACUUCGGCAGAUGCAAGGCAUAGAGGACGCUCAAACAGAGGAACUCAAGCAAUAUUUUUCCAGCGAGCCUGACUUGAACGUCACCAAGACGCUGUUGCUGAACAUUCACGGUGACGUGCAAGAUCUGGAGCGGGUCUUGAAGCGGCGCGAGAUCGGCAGGGUCACAGGUGAGGGGUCGUGCUCUGCGCUAAUUAAGCUUCUGCCGGGACGCAAGGACCUGUACAUCGCGCACAACACGUGGACCAAGUACUCCAGCAUGCUAAGGAUCCUCAAGAAGUACAGGUUGCCCUACCGCCAGAAACCUGAUUCAGGAAAUAUGGUACCGGGCCACACGGCGACGUUCUCAUCAUAUCCCGGCAGGAUCUUCUCUGGUGACGAUUUCUACCUCCUUUCGUCGGGUCUGGCCACCAUGGAGACUACUAUUGGCAACGAAAAUGACGUUCUUUAUUGGUACGUCACGCCGGAAUCUAACCUGGAGUUCAUCAGGAAUGUAGUGUCCAACCGACUGGCACUCACUGGCUAUGAGUGGGCCAAGAUAUUCUCCAAGUACAACAGUGGCACAUACAACAAUCAGUGGAUGGUGGUGGACUACAAACAGUUCAUUCCUGGGUCGGAGCUGAAAGAUGGUCUUCUUUACGUGCUGGAACAACUGCCUAAGUACAUCAACAUGACGGACGCUACCCAAUCGCUGCGUGACCAGACCUACUGGGCGAGCUACAACGUGCCCGCCUUCGAUUUCAUCUACAACGAAAGUGGAUGGUGGAAACUGGUGGAUAAGUACGGCGACUGGUUCACCUACGACAAAACACCGCGGGCACUCAUGUUCUUGCGUGAUCACAACAGGGUGCAAGACAUGGACUCCAUGAUCAAACUGAUGAGGUACAACGACUACAAGAACGACCCGCUGGCGCACUGCAACUGCACACCCCCGUUCAGUGCCGAGAACGCCAUCUCGGCCCGUAGCGAUCUGAACCCGGCCGACGGCGUCUACCCAUUCCCGUCGCUGGGACACAGGGCGCAUGGCGGAACUGACAUGAAGCUCGCCAACUACACCCUAAUGUCAAAGCUCGAGUUCGUGGCUGUGAGUGGGCCAACCUGGGAACAGCAGCCUCCUUUCCGCUGGAGCACAUCCGGGUUCAUGGACCGCCACGAGGGCCACCCGGACGUCUGGGCAUUCGAGCCGUUUGUUCACCACUGGCUCUUGAUGAAACCGGACGAAUUCAAAUAAGGAAAAAAAAAUAUCCGCUGCUCAGUAACGGCAUUCGUUUUGACACAUUUAUUUUCUUUUGGUAGAACGAGCGGCUCUACUAUGUUAGCCGCCAUAGCUGCACAAUGGGGGCACCACACAACGAUUAGUUUAUUAUAAUCAAGUCUUUUUCCUAUAGACUCAAUUUGCAUUCAUUUGGCUGAGCAAGUAGCGAAGAAAUUAAAGGGACAAGCUCCGAAAGCUUAUUAGGUCGUGUCCGUGCUUGCUUAAGAUAGCAAUGUUACUGUUUUGUCUAUGAGCUGUUAACUUGCCCCGACCAGGUACAAAUGUCAGAAUUUUGCGCCCGAACAACAGCACCGUAGUAAUGUCAGAUUGUUGUGAUGUCACAGAUUUCAAAGCAUUUUUCUGUUCCUUUUCAUAUAUUAUUCUCAAAGCUUAUUAGGUUACGCCUUUGUGUGCUAUAGAUAGUAACGUAAUUUUCUUUUUUGAUGACCUGUUUACGACACCCAUGCAUACGUUGUACAAAUCUCAUGAUGACACAAAGGGACCGCGUAGAGCUUGAAGGGACUUGAAACCAGAUUUUUGUUUUUGCAUCCCUAACAAGAUAGCGCUUACAGUGAAGACUGCAGAUUCUCUUCUGAAAGUGUAACUCACCAACUCAAUUUAACCUUAGCAAACGACUGCUAGUGUCAGCAUCUUAGUUUGAUGCGUCGAAUGGCAGUACUGCCAACUCUUCCAAGUGUUCAAAACAUGCGAAGAUUAGGAAAUUGUUGCCAGCCAUUAUUGUCAACGGUCGAAAGAGAGAGCUGUGGUAUAUAUAUAUAUAUAUAUAUAUAUAUAUAUAUAUAUAUAUAUAAUGUCCGUCGGUAGGAUUGAACGAUGCUUGUUCAUAACUAUAUGGCAAAGUGACGCCUUGCUUCCUUGCGAGUUUUCAUUUUUUUUCUCAGUUUUCAUUAUAUAUGUUCUUCUAUGGUUGUGCGCGCAUUCUAUCUUGGCUUGUCUGAUUAUUUUCACUGUGACUACAUGUUCUGCUACCAGCAAUAAAAUGAAGA